CCAACAAAUAGUUAAACAGUUCUUACGUUGUCGUCUUUUAGCUAAAAUCACGUGACUUGGUACACGUCGGAGCACAUUUAAACACUUCAAAACACAAAGUUAAUUUAACAAAGACUGAAGUACGCAAGAGAGCUUCAGGAUGUCUCUGACAAUGUCUCAGGGUGACGGUGUGACUGUUUUCACUGUUGCCACAAACCCAAAGAGCAAAUGGCCACUUCUGUGUCAGAUUCUGGGUACCAUUUGCUACAGUCCAGUGUGUUCCAUAGCUCAACAUAUAAAAGGAGGGCUGACAAACACCCUGACAGCAUUUGCAGUUAUACAGAUGAUAGUGGGAGUCCUCAAUCUUGUGUUGGGUAUUAUACUUAUAAUCUUCCCGGUAGUCACUUUCGUUUUGGAAAUGAGUUCGGCACCUUUUUGGUUGGGUGGUGUGUUUCUUGCCAUUGGAAUUGUGUCUAUUUUUGCUGCUAAGUUUCCCAGUCCUUGUCUGCUGUUUGUUGCAGUGAUUCUGAACAUUGUAAGUUUUGGCCUGGCGAUCACAGCUGUUACGUUCCAUUCAGUCGACCUGGUAGUGGGCAGCUAUCAGCGCUGUGAUGACUAUUAUUAUUCAAGUUAUGAAAGUGGAACACCCUCACCUGAACAGAAAAUGGACACAGAAAAGUGUCUGUACUUCAAGCAUCUCAAUCAGUUGAUCCUCGGAGGUCUGGAUAUCAUGAUGAUUGUUUUGGCAGUUCUUCAGAUCUGCGUAACCAUCAGUUUCUGUGUUCUGACUCUGAAUGCAUUGUGCAAGAAGAGUGGGGCUGCAAAGUCUGUGGAGGAUCCACAACCUUACGAGCCGCUCCUGGAAGAUGCCGCUGCCGAUCCUGCAUGUUAGAGAGAAACAAUGAGCAUGCAUGAGAAAAGCAACACAAUAGUUCUGUUACAUUUUUAUUAAUGUUUAAGUUACAUUUUAUUCUUGUAAACUGGAUUACUGGGAGCUGCUUUUUAAAUAAAUAAUUAGAGCAAUUUGAUUUAUUUUCAUAAAAUGUUUCAUACUGGUAUUUUAACUGGGUUUUCACCUUUUACAACUUUUUUUUAUAUAGUUAAAUUGUUGAACCUUGCUUAAUGUAUAGUAUAUGAAAACCAAGGUUUCGUCUCCAUGUUACAUGUAAAGUCUAGAAAACAAAAUUGCAUUCCUUGUGAUUUGAUUUGUGAUUAUUUGUAUCACCACUAGAUGGCGCUGGGAUCUCUGGGUGUUAUACGAGUAUAUUUGUUGUAUUUCAGUAAACAUAGCAGAGCAACCAGUCAGAUGCUACAGUUAAAAUGUCUAAUGGCAAUUUUUGACAAGCCUCUUUAUCUAAAAAGUGCCCAAAAACCUUAAGAUAAACCCCAAUGUGAAGCACUUAGAUUUUAGUGACUGCAUGUUAUCAUUACACAGCUGCUUACCAAAACAAUAAAUAAAUGGACAAUUCUGA